CUCCAUCUCUGUGAAAGCAUCGGCGCAAAAACCAGUUGACCUGACCAUGCCGUGCGCGGGCGCCUAUUAAUACCCCUCGUCUUCCUCGCGCCCCUCCUCGAUAUCCCUCUCGGUAGACGGUACAAUCAUACCGAUCAGGAGCCAGCUGCUGCUUCUUGUGUUGUGUUGGUCCCACUGCCGAGAUCGGCAGCAGAAGCAGCCGUCGGUCCUCUGUACCUCUCGUUGAUCGCUUGAUCCGAGGGGAUCCGAGGGGAUCCAAGGCGAGCUGCGUGCGUGGUGGCGGCGAUGAGUUCGCUGAGCAUGGUGGAGGCGAGGCUGCCGCCGGGCUUCAGGUUCCACCCGCGGGACGACGAGCUCGUGCUCGACUACCUGUCCAGGAAGCUCGGCGGCGGUGGCGCCGGAGGGGCGGCGGCCGCGGUGGCGAGCAUCUACGGCUGCCCCGCCAUGGUCGACGUCGACCUCAACAAGAUCGAGCCCUGGGACCUCCCCGAAAUCGCAUGCAUUGGCGGCAAGGAGUGGUACUUCUACAGCUUAAGGGACAGGAAGUACGCUACAGGCCAGCGAACAAAUAGAGCAACUGAAUCAGGCUACUGGAAGGCCACAGGGAAAGACCAUGCGAUAAGCCGGAAAGGGUUGCUAGUUGGCAUGAGAAAAACCCUGGUGUUUUAUGAAGGUAGAGCCCCUAAAGGGAAGAAGACUGAAUGGGUCAUGCACGAAUUUCGCAAGGAAGGGCAAGGCGAUCUGAUGAAGUUGCCGCUCAAGGAGGACUGGGUCUUGUGUAGGGUUUUUUACAAGACCAGGACAACCAUUGCCAAACCAUCCACAGGGAGCAACUACAACAUUGACAGUGCAGCCGCAACCUCACUGCCUCCUCUCAUUGACAACUACAUUGCCUUUGACCAUCCUGGAAUGUCGACGGUGCAAAACCUAGAGGGUUAUGAGCAAGUGCCCUGCUUCUCCAAUGGCCCCUCCUCUCACCCGUCGUCGUCGGCCUCGAUGAACAUCCCGGUGAUGGCGAUGGCGCCCAUGGCUGCCGAUCAGGAGCAGCAGCACAUGGGGAAGGCGAUCAAGGACGCGCUGAGCCAGCUCACCAGGUUUGAGCAAGGCAACGUGAAGAGGGAGGCGCCUGCCCAGGGUGGUGUGUUUGCUCAAGAUGGGUUCGAGUACUUAGCUGAGAGUGGCUUUUCACAGAUGUGGAACUCACUCAGUUGAUUUUCUAGCUAGGGGUAUUAUUGCUAGUGCUACCAAUCAAAGAUCUACAUUUUCUCCACCCGCAAAAAUAAAGAUCUACAUUUUCUUGCAAGCUGUCUCCUGCAUGACUGGGCAUUUCAGCCAAACACAACAAAUAUUAUCCCUCAGAACUGAUGGCGUCUGGGAGGGCAAUUAUCUCGGCAUCUGGUCAUGAAAAUGAGGAGGCGGCGACUCCUGCCGCUGCUUGCACAUGCAAUGACGUGGAGUGUGUCUCCUUGGUGUGACCAUGUCCCAGAUCACCCACCAGAUAACCAUUCUGCAACUGGAGACGUUGCCCAUGCACAAAGUUUCAGGAUCUCCGGCGCAAUGGCCCGUAAAAUCGCAAGACAGUAGUAUAUUGAUGUGAUCAAUGGCAAAAAAAGAGAACAUCGAAUUGAAUCAAAAAGGCAUCUGGACUAGACCACCUCCAGGCAUAUUGUAAAAACUUGGUGAAUCCUGAUUUUGUGAGAGCACAACAAGGCUAUCCGCCGGUUGUUUUCC